CAGAUCUGAGAUAUGGAACAAGAGUUGAGAAACUUAAGCAAGGCAUGGAUCUCUGCUUUAGUCUCCAUCUGUUAUUGUUAUUUUAUCUCAUUUAGAAUCUCCAAAGGUGUUCUUCGGCUCAUCACCAUUCUUCCAGUCAGUAUUCUGUUUCUUGUUCUUCCUUUGUCCUUCUCUUCUGUGCAUUUUUGCGUUAUUUCAGCUCUUUUUUUCUCAUGGCUCGCAAAUUUCAAGCUUAUGCUCUUUGCUUUUGAUCAAGGACCUUUGUAUCCACUUCCUGCUAAUCUAUACCGUUUCAUCUGCUAUGCUUGUUUCCCCAUCAAAAUCAGACAAAACCCGUCUCCAAGUGGCAUCGCAAAUCGUCUUCGUAAGAACAAACCUAUACCUAAAUUUGUUUUUGCUGUCAAAAUUUUGAUCUUUGGUGUCUUGCUACAUAUCUAUGAAUACAGCGACAGUUUACCUCGUUUUGCUGUUUUGAGUAUAUAUUGUCUCCAUAUAUACCUUGAGUUGGAACUUGUUUUGGUCUUUGUCGGGGCCGUGGUAUCUACUCUUCUCGGCUGUGACAUCGAGCCGGUUUUCAAUGAGCCCUACCUAGCCACCUCUCUACAGGACUUUUGGAGCCGCAGAUGGAACCUCAUGGUUUCAGCUGUCCUACGAUCAACCGUCCACAUUCCGGUUCAGCGUUUUUGCACACGCUUUCUCGGUCCAGACGCAGCUGUGUUAGUAGGUGUCAUGGCCUCGUUCCUCGUCUCGGGUUUGAUGCACGAGUUGAUCUACUUUUACGCAAUCCGUCUGCCUCCAACUUGGGAGGUCACUUGUUUCUUUUUGUUGCACGGUGUAGCCACUACCACAGAGAUAGCGGUGAAGAGAACUCUGCGGUGGAGACCACCGCAUAGGGCAGUUUCAGGUCUCGGGGUUCUAACGUUGGUGAGCGUUACUGGCGUUUGGUUCUUCCUCCCUCAACUGCUGAGAAAUAAUGUUCAUGAAAGAGCGAUUAGUGAAUGUUUGUUGGUUAUUGACAUUGCCAAACGCACGUUGUUCAUUUCUUCUUCGUGAUCUUUUUUUUUUUUUUAUAUGGUUAUCUAUAUAUAAUAGCAAACCCAAUUUUGAUGCCAGAUGAGCUAAUCAUUUUUUUAUAGGAAAAUAAAAUUUAAAUCUAACGGUUUCGUUUAACAAUAUUUUGUAAUCUAACGGACAUGAUCAUCUCUUAUUUAUAAGAUCCGACGUCAUCAAUCUCUUUCACCAAAAGGCGUCUCAAUCAACUGCUCUCUGAACGAGCACCCCUUAUACAUCCGCCUCUUUGCAAAGGACACCUCAUUUGCCUCCUUUCGGAUUCAACCCGUCUCUAAAAUCCAUCUAUAUAUUGAAGUUUCAGAUUUCUUAUCCCUUUGCAUAUUCCAUCAUCAUUCUGUCCAUUUACAUUGUCCAUCAUCCUCAUCCAUUUUUAGAUGUAAGAAUUUCUCUCAUACAGUUCAUCACCAUCGUAGUACAUGUAUCUGUCUUUGGUUUUUUUACUUCGUUUAUUAUCUGGAAAUAAAUCAAUCCAGUGUUCGUUGUUUUAUUUAAAGGGACAGAUUUUCAAAAAAAAAUUAACUGUUUGGUACUGCGUGGGAGGAGAUGGAGUGAAUCACGUAGUUUUUUUGGCCGAAGAACAAUCUAUGUUCUCAGAUUACUUAUAGAUUUCGACUUAUUUUGUCUCUGAAAUUGGAAAAUUCCCAAGUUUUUCUUACUGCAGUUGAUUAAAAUGUAUUUUUACUUGUAUGGUCCAGCACAGCCUUAAUAACAUCCAUAAGUGCAUCACUCACGCGUGUGCCUUGAAGUGGAGAAGUUUGGAGUUGGAAAAGAAGUAGAGAGACUCCAACGGUGCGUUUCUAUGGGAACCUGAUCCUUAUGAUGUCACAAAUCAUUAAUUUAUAAAUACAAGCAUAAUCUAUUCAUAAUAGAAGAAAGAAACACUGUAAAAACAGAUGAAGAAAGAAACCAACGAUGAGUUCAUAAAAAGUUGUGAUUAUAUUUUUUAGUUUCAUCAAUCUUGUAACAUGUGAAAGAAAAGCCUUCACGGAGAAGCAGAGAGAAGGACGAGUAAACGUCCUGGCAAAGAGUAAAUAUAAGGUUUUCCAUUGUUAGUUUAUUAUAAUUGAGUUUGGUAUGAUUAGAUAAUAAUUAUAAAGUAACUGUAAACCCAAUAGGUGCAUUUGUAAAGUCGUGAAUUGUUUGUAAAGUCGUGACUUGUUGGAAGAGUCACAAGUAGUUUUCUUUACGGUUACUUAAGAAAUAUAUGUAAGUCAUGUUGUCUUAUGUAAAAAGUGUCAACAAUAAAAGAUAAAUUUUCCAAAUGUA